AUGUCCACUCCCGCGGAACUUGCGUCUCAACGUCUCUUCGCGCCCCACAUCGUCACGAACACGCACACAAUCUCGACCAUCAAAUUCAUAUCUUCCACCCUUGCUGGUGCCGUGGCAGGUAUCCUCGGCCUCGAAAACGCCUACGGAUUCGCUCUAUUCGCAUUGUCAACACUGUUAACGUCGGUGUGCAUGCUGAUAUUUAACUUCGGAGGCAAGCCGACGAAGUAUUUGCCCGGUGGGUGGGUAGAGAUGGUCAACCCGGGACAGGAGAACGUGAUGAGUUUUGUGUUGGUUUGGACGUUAUUUUAUGGUAUCGUACAUGUAUAUGACUAG